UCUCCACAUAAGAACGCCAUCAAAUCUCCACCGUUCUAUUCAGAGAAACUCAAAUCAAAUCGUUGAUCUUGGCCCCCUUCUCUCUCUCUCUCUCUCUCUUCAAUCCCAAGAUAGCCGAUGAUGUAAUCAGCAAUUGGUUUUUCCUUUUCUGUUGCAAAUUCUCAGACUCCAUUUUCUACUCGGCGCCAACAACAAUUAAUCUCGAGAAAACUUUAAACCCUUUAUCGUUUUCAGUGAUAUUUAGGGUUUCUUCAAAUUUCCCAUUUUUUUUUUUUAUCUGCAUCUCAUUUUUCGGUGAAAUUUCAGAAAUUUCCGAGCCCUGAAUCCGUUUCGCGACUUGGGUCUCCAUGAACGACCAGCCCCAAAUGAUGGGUCAGUCUCAGAUCUUGCAUAACCACCAAAACUACAUCGUUUGGCAUCAUCUACCGCCGCCGUACCAACCGGAAAACCCGGCCGUGUUCCCUCUCCUGCCGGCGUUCAAUGCUCAGCCGCUUCGGCCGCCGGCGAAUCCUCCGGGUCGGCUCAACUGGAAGGGAAACAAAUCCGACAAGCGCAAGGAGUUCCGCCGCAAAGACAGUAUCGGGUCGGGUCCGGGUUACAAAACCGGUAACCCGAGCGAGUUGCAAUCGUGGGCGGCAAACAGCUCCGGCUCCAAGGGUCGUCGGUUCCAUCAGCAGAAGAGGAAAUUCGGGCGACUCGCCGCCCCGUUCGCGCCUAGGAACACGACGUCGUUUAUAAUUCGGGCCAAGAAAUCCGGCGGCAUAGCGUCGCUGGUGUCGCCGUGCCCGGUGACGCCGGCUAUUCUGCCGACGCCGAUGCUGUCACCAUCGACGGAGGUGGUGUUCGAGACGGCAAAGGAGGAGUGGGGGGUCGACGGCUACGGCUCAAUGAAGGGCCUGAUCCGGCUCCGGUCCGGCAAAGGGGAUUCUGAUGAAGAUUCCGACGAAAUUGACGGCAGUGGAAGCGAGCGUGUGGAGGUUGAGAAGAGAUUAGACCAUGAUUUGAGUAGAUUUGAGAUGAUAUACCCAAUUUCCGGUGAUGAGCAGAGUUUGGAGAACAGGGUUGAUGAACAAGACACGCAUAUUGCUCAGCUGGAAGUGGAGAAUUUAACACUGAAAGAAAGGAUUUUUCUUAUCGAAAUGGAAUUGGGUGAGUUGAGGAGGCGAGUUCUGUGCUUGGAGACUGAUGGUUUUGGGGGUGGGGGUGGGGGUGGGGGUGGCUGUGGCAGUGGCAGUGGCAGGGUGCUGGAGAAUUUCGACAAUGAUCUCGCCGGUGGAGAUGUUUGCUCUGAGAAGAGUGUUGGAAACGGUGAUGAUGGUGGUGGUGAUGAUGACAAUGGUGAUUGUGUUUGAUUGAACUAUAUAUGCAGUUAAUUCACCAUUCACCAUUACUUGGGUUGCAAGUUUCUUUCUUUGAAUGCCAGAAGGAAUGUUAUGUUUGUAAAUGAGACUGUAUAUAAUUUUCUAGGUUGAUAAAUGUAGCAGUUUCAGUUUAGUUUAGUUUAGUUUAGUUUAGUUUAGUUUAGCUUAGCUAAGUUUAGUUUGCUUUGUUAAUUUCAAUUCUCUUUUGUUACCUAACUCUUUGGAUGAACUUGGGUUGUGACUUGUGACAGAUUAGGACUUUAAAACUCCCCUGAAUAAGAAAUGGACAGUGCUGUGCCUCUGCCUUGUUAGAACUAGAGAAUUUGUUUGUUUUGUUUUUUUGCUAAUUGACUCCUCAGUUUCUUUGGCAUGCUUUUUGGUGUUCAUUUCAAUCAGUAUUCAGAGGGUAAUAGAGCUAUGUUUUGCAAGAGAAUGGCUAGGCUAUAUGUGGCUAGUGCUCUUUUUGCCAAAGGAGAAUGAUUUUGGUUCUUAAUUCUUAUCAUUUCAUGUUUUAUUUUUUAUUUUUUGACAUGGAAAACUCUGUUAGCAGACUCUGCACACAGCAGCAGUGGAAGACUAGUAGCAGGAACUGGAGCAUCUGGAUUUUGUUGUUGUACUUUCCAUAAUUUUUUUAUGUGGAUCC